CCGUCUCUUGUUGUAUCAAAAGAGCCGCUCGGAGGCGCGGGGCUGGCGGCUUCUUCUCCUUCUGGCUGCCUGUCGGCGCUGCGCUCAUUUGCUCCCUUUUCACUUUUUCCUUGACGGCUCAGCGCCUCGAGGCUGGACGGUGCGGGGGUGGCUGGGUGCAAAGCUUCUCUGCUCGGGCCGGGCUCCCUUCCCGGCAGCAGCCCCUCUUCUGGCGGAGAAGAGGGAUCCCCGUCAGGAGCUCCAGAUCCGGCCAAAGGAGCGCGCCUCGCGCCUCUUGUCCGGGAUUUCCCAGCCGUCGGCCCGUUGCGCGCUACAGGUUGCUGUCCUCCGGGGGCCACCGCUGCAGCUGCCGCAUGAGGUUCGCUGGGCGUCGGGCACAUCUCCGGGGAAGCUGCGCCGUUCUCUCGCUCCGUCGCCGGUGCCCGCAGCCGCCCCGUCACCCUGCCGCCGGGGCCAUGAACUCCACGCUGGGGAACCAGACGGAGGCGCUGGGGCUCUUGCUGGCCAACGGCACUGACUCUCUGGAGCGAGCGCUCCAGUCCUUCACCCCCAAAUCCGUGGUGACCGACGACGGCUUCGUGGUGACCGCGCCGGACGAGAGGAGCCUGUACAUCAUGCGCGUGGUGCAGAUCGCCGUCAUGUGCGUCCUGUCGCUCACCGUCGUCUUCGGCAUUUUCUUCCUCGGCUGCAACCUGCUCAUCAAGUCCGAAGGCAUGAUCAACUUCCUGGUGAAGGAACGGAGGCCGUCCAAGGAGGUGGAGGCGGUGGCCGUGGGGCCCUACUGACCCCGGCGCCGCCCACCAGCCCGCUUGGCCUCUCCAGCCGCGGA